UGCUGGGGAGGGCGAGCAACUGCGGCGUCCGACGCAUUUUACGGCAGCAUGAAAGGGGCACUAUGAUGAAAUAGCAGAUGGAGCCGAAAUGAAACGAAGAGGCUAGUGAAGUAUUCAGCGUUAGACUUAGUUACAGCUCAGUAAAGCGAGCUGGAUAAAUUUCGGAACUAGCUGAGUAACUGGAGCGCCAGACGAUAUGUGGAGAAUACACGGAAUCCUGGGCAGAGUUCUGAGCCGCUGUCACGCGAACGCGCCUCUGCGACUGUCCCAGGGCCACCAUGUCGAGGAUGACGUCAUCAGCACGUCCACGCUUCUGUCCACCGGCCGGCACCCCUCCGACAGCUCUCAGAGUGGGAAGGACAGAGAGAGGAAGCGUAGGAAGAGAAGUUCGCAGUUCUGCUACUCCAGCCUGCCCCGCUACUCCGCCCUGGAUGCAAUGGGAUGGGGUGCCGCUGCCGUGCUCUUCAUGCAGAUCUGCAGAAGGCUGCACUCUGGCCCCGCCCUGAGCGAGUCGAACCCAGAGCCGGCGCACAGGGAGCCAGGCCUGCUGCAGAAGUGUGGCUACAGAGUCCUGCUGGAGAUGUUGUCACGCAAAGACAUCCUGCCCAGGGGGCCGAGUGUGAAGUGCCUGGGGAGAGUGCAGGAGGACCAGGGCAGCACUGUGGGCCACGCCCUCUCAGACAGCCCCUCCCCCUCUGACUCAGAGGGUGUGUCUAUAAGACCUGACUCCUCCCAUUCAGCAGAUCCUCUGUCUUCGUCUGACAGCGAUCCCAAGCACACCAGCUCCUCUGAAAACACAAAUUUCAACAACAAGGAGCCUUUCUGUCCAGAGGAGGAGGAGCUAAUUGGUGCAGCAAAUAAUCUGAAGCACAUCGCAGACUCCAGCGUGCCAGUCAUUCUAAACAUCAUUGGGAUAGAGAGUGCCCGAAGCGGAGACGAUGGCACGGCUUUCACCUGCUUCCUGGCCUCUGCCCAGCACGGCUACUGCAAAGCGCAGUUCAACGCGGGUGUCUGCUACGAGAAGGGCAGAGGAGUUGGGAGAGACAAGCAGAAGGCUGCUGAGUUCUACAGACAGGCAGCCACAGGGGGACACAGUCAGGCAAAGUACCGCUACGCUAAACACCUGCUGCAGUCCAGGGGGCAGCAGAGUGCGGAGGAGGCAAAAGCAGCCAUGGAUCUGCUGGAGGAGGCUGCAGGCUGUGGCGUGAGAGAGGCACAGGCGUACCUGGGCGUGCUGUUCUCCCAGCCGGGGGUCAGGGAUGGCCUGAGAGCGGUGCACUACCUGAGGAUGGCAGCAGAGAAUGGGGACUCUCUCAGCCGGCUGUACCUGGGUCAGUGCUAUGAGUGGGGCUUUGGGGUGCAGCAGUGUUUCAGGACUGCGGUGGAGCUCUACCAGCAGGCUGCUGCAGCUGGGAACCUGCAAGCCGAAUGCAUCACCUCAGCGCUCUGCUCCAAAGGUGUUCCCGCGGAUGCAGCCCUGCGCCCAAUCCGCUCCACCCCCUGCUUCUCCACAGGAGACCGGCUCCAGUUCCGCUCUGCAUUUUCCAGCCUGCAGUCUGACCCUCUCAUUCAGCCCCUCCCCCACUCCUGGAGCACAGGCAGCCUGCUGGCCCAGGCCCCCCCUUACACCAACCCCCUCUCUGAGGGAGGGGGCACAGGAAGGAGCCUGCCACUGCCCAACAACACCCCCUGUGGGUGGACCAUAGGAGUCGGAUAGUGAAUGCCAGAAAAAAAGAAAGUGUUCUGAGAGAGGAUGUCCAGCCCUGGUCUUUAAGGACCGCAGUUCACCUCGCUUACCUGCUAUCAGAGCCGCCUCGUUCACCUGGCUUUACCUGUCUGCUGGCAGCCAUUCCCUUAACUGAGAUAAAUAUGCAUGCAUGCGCUGCAGGUUGGCCAGUAGGAGAAAUGUGAGACUCCUUCUUUGUGAUCAUUGAGUGGGUAAAACAGCCUUUUUAAAAAUGAUGCGCAUAAAUGAUCUCAGUUUGGAGCAGGGCUGCCUUCUGUCGGAUGAACUGGGACAGGAGUUAGUAGCAUCAGGUCUAAGUGCUCUGCCGUGGAGGGAGGUUCUGCUGACCCCAGGAUGGACAUCCUCAGUGCAGCUUCACAGGGAGGUGUGUGCGCAUCUCCCUGACAAACCAGGCUUUGUUCUGCUGCGGUGUGUGACCAGGCUUCUUCACCAGAGGGCUUGUGAGAUCCGUGGGAGGUGAACUCUCACUCUUUCAAGAAGAAUAUACAUAAAGGGAGUUUCUGUGUGAAUGCAACAUUAUUUUUACCCAUUCAAAUGGUGGGCAUUGUGUGUGUUUUUUUUCUAAAGAAGGGAGUGGGUGGCGGGCCUGUUCUUGUUUAAGACAAGAUCUUAAGUGCAUUUAUUUGAGCCUAAACGCAUCUGUACUUUUUGUCCUUUGGUAACUGCCAUGUAGAGGAGACGUAUUGAAUAUACCUUUGCAAGGGCAGCAUGCUCAGCUUUUAAACUCACACACUCAUCACAGCCAAGAGAUUAAACUAGCAGCAACAAACUCCGCACCCUGGAGCAAUUGAGAUGCCGGUGAGUUCAGCUGUAGUUGGGUGAGGGGACUGGUAGCACACGCUUCUCACACCAGCUGUGACUGAGCUGUUAUUUAUUGUAUUUUGGUGACGGGCUGUAACUUCACCUCUUAUGCCAAAAUGUUUACAUUUAUUAAUUUUACUCAGAAUCACUGGGAAAAGUGUUAUAAGUAACAAAUACAACCCCAUUAGUUAGCUAAUGAAUGAAAUUUCUCCUCAUAAGAGCAUAUAUGCGACUUUUGUCCUGGGCAAAGUUGUUUGGUUUAAGAACAGAAAUUUCAUUUGUAUUUAAGACCAGCAAGAUUGCCAAAUGUGAAAAUGGAAAAAGUGGUCCUCUUGUCAGAACGUGGUGUCC